CUGUGGCAACGCCAAUUUUUUAUUGCGGACAAAUUUUGUAUAUGAUUCGUACAACCCAAUUUUGCUUAUUAAAUUGUGACUGGCAACUAUAAUGACUGAUAAUGACAAAUAUUUCGAAGCGAGUCCAACAGGCUCGGGGACCAAGCUGCAGUCGGACGCCACAGAUGCUGCAACCAAAGAAGGCGCCAAAGACGAUGACCUGAUUUCGCUGGAAACGUUGCGUGAAUCGCCAGUGCAGUGGCCAGUGAAAUUUCCCGGCAUGCAGGAAUUUCUCACCAUGAGCGAUCCGCCAGUACGCAUGCCGUUGUUUGGCUGUAAAGAGUUCCCGAACCGUGAAAAUAUGACAACACUUGAAGAAUUUGCUACCAUGACCCGUGAGCAGGUGAUCGCCAAGGUGAAAUCAAUGCAUGAUGAGAUCUACAACUUGGGGCAGCGUGAGUCCAUAGAAAUGUCGCGCGGCAAACUGUUGGGCAUCUUUAAGCGGAAUUCGCUGAGUCCAAGAAAAUGACGCAUAUUAAAUUGUUGGGCAUCGUUGUUCGGGCUCCUUUGACCAAAGCACAACCAAUGAGAGAUUGAUUGAAAUUAAGCGGCUCGUUAAGAUGUCGUCCUAACUUUCUGUGAAUAAUUCCAUAUAAUUUUAUUAGCUGCUUGUUGUACUUUAUGGAUACCGUCCCUCAGAAUUGUGGAUUAAUAACCAAAAUGAUGGCAUAUUUAAUGCAUGUCUGUGAAAAAUGAAAUUAAUUAUUAUUUGCGUAUAAUUUGCUUAUGUGCUUUAUGCGUUUUAUUUAUGUUCCUAUGAAGUGGGGUCUAAUCACCAAAUUUAUUGCAUACCCUAUGUGUAUCUCUUAAAAAUAAAAAUCAUAUUAAUAAGCGA